UUGGGGGGAGCGUGCGCGUGCACAACGCUCAUAUCUGAUCUACAAACACAGUAGAUUGUUUUGUUCCUUUAACUAUAGUAGUUGACGUGUCAUCCAUAUUAUUUGGCGCUCAGAAUGUUUUCUAACACGCUGUAGAAAACCAUAAGUGUUCCAGUUAUCACCUCACUUCCUGUAGUUUAGUAAUUCUGACUUUCGGAUCUUUUCGGGAGACUAGACCUGGUGUUGCUCUGAACCUUCAAUCCUCGGACCACAGGCCCUGAUCCAGUCGAGGCCAUGGCAGACUUUUCGCUUGCUGACGCAAUCCCAGAUGAUGCUUCUAGUGAAGCAUCUAAAACUAAACACACCAAUCCAUCAGCUCCUGGAAAUGGGGCUCCACCCCCCACUAAUCCUGGCUGGCCUGGUGCAGCCCCUGGUGGCCCUCAUUUCCCACCCUCAGGAGGUCCUGGCCAACCAACAGCACCUGGCUUCCCUCAGACUGGGCCGUCUGCCCCAGGUCCCUUUCCACCUGGACCAGGAGCCCCAGGCCAGUUUCCCGGAGCCCCUGCUGCCCCGGCUGGAUACCCUCCAGGACCGGGUGUACCUGGACAGUUCCCCUCCAACCCUGGAGCUCCAGGACAGUUCCCCUCGAUGCCAGGACAGUUCCCCUCGAUGCCAGGUCAGUUCCCACCAGGAGGGGCACCCAUGCCAUACCCCGUUCCUGGACAGUUCCCUUCCCCACCUGGGGCUCCUCAGGGCUCAUAUCCAAACGCACCUUACCCGCCAGGUCCAUCUGGGCCUGGCAUGUAUGGUCCAGGAGGCCCUGGUGCCUUUCCACCAGAUGGAGGCCCGGGAUAUGGAGGAGGAAUGUUUCCCCAAGUACCACCAGGAUCCUGGGGUCCACCCGGAGGUGGUUACCCUCCUCAGCCUGGUCCACCAGGAGGCUUCGGUCAAGGGCCCAUGGGACCAUACGGAGGGCCUGCAGCUCCAGGUGGAAUGCUGCCAUUGCCAUAUGAUCUUCCGCUGCAAGCAGGGAUAAUGCCCAACCUCGUGAUUACUAUAGUGGGUGAGCCAGUACCAGGAGGAAACAGGUUCAUUGUUGAUUUAGUGAGGGGGCAUGACGUGGUUUUCCAUUUCAGCCCUCGUUUCCAUGAGAACACCAUCGUACGGAACACGCAGCUGGGGGGCUGCUGGGGUCCGGAGGAGAGGGAGGGAGGAUUUCCCUUUGUGCAGGGCAGACAGUUUGAGCUGAAGAUCCUGGUGGAAUCGGAUGGGUUUAAGGUGGCUGUGGACGGUGUUCAUCUGCUGGAGUUUGAUCACCGAACAGGCGGAUUGGAGGAUGUCACUCACCUGCACAUAGAGGGAGACCUCGUUCUGUUCAGCGCGGCCCCCAGCAUGCUCUAAAUCCCAGGGGCGGAGGAGCAAUUUGACAAUGUUGAGGAGACACAUUAAGUCACUGGUCAUUGAAAAAUAUAGAUUAUCUUCAGAAAGCACCAUAACUUUCUGUUUUUCCUCAUUCUCUAACCUGUCAGAAUGAAUUAUGCUAGUUAACCUUUCGCAUGUAGACUGCCGUUCAAAAGUUUGGGAUCAGUAAGAUUUUUUAUGUUUUUUAAUGGAGUCUCUUGUGCUCAUCAAGGCUGUA